GUCUCCAGUUUGUUUCCCUCAGCUGGCCUGUCUCAGGUUCUGAUAGAUCCUGAACAAUCUGGGUCACUGAUUGAUGCUGUUAGCGACGAUGGAGCAGAGCUCAUGCACUGAAGAUCGAAUCCAGCAUGUCCUUGAGCGCUGCCUCUGUCACCUGGGCCUCAACACACCUGACAAGCAUCUUUGGAAUGCUGGACUCUGUGUUAGCCGCUGGUGUUUGGAGGAACUUGUGAAGAGGGAUCCUCACAACUUCCUCAUUCUUCUACAAAAAAUACUGGAAAAAACGAAAAAGGUGCUGGAGCAGUGCCAGUAUGAGCUGGUKGUGCCCCUGACUCUCUUGUUCUUCUCAGCUCUGAUCAGAGCACCACAUAUAGCUGCAGACUGUGACGUGCUGCAGGAGGCCUACCUGCUGUUCCACAAGUUCCUGACCUGGCCUGAACCCUGCAGCUCCGCCUCCAAAAACCUGCUGAAUAUCAUCCAGCAGGAGCUUCGAGCACCAGGCAUCUGGUUUCAGCGUCUGAUAAGGAGUGAGCAGGGUCUUUCCUCCCACCUCACCUCUUCUAAAACCAUAAUGGUGCUGCUGGUGAGCCCAGAUGAUGACAUCCCUCUKGAGGUCCAGUUGGCAUCUGAGCAGCUGAGCUCCGGCCACUGCUCCACCAGAGACCUCAUCCCCACCCUCAUCCUGCACAGUUUUCAGGCUGCUUUUGGUAACAAAUGUGACCUGCAGGCACUUCACGCCUCCCUGCAAGAGAAGCAUCCAGAGGAGCUGGAGCAGCUUAUGGAGUCUAUCACUGGGAGCAUGGAAGCAGCAGCCUCAAUGGCAGAUUCCAAAAAAGCACACGGGAGUCUGCUCCACAGCUUAAUGAAGCUUAGUAAAAGUCUUACCAUCCCUGGUCCAACGAGUAGUUGUCCAGACAAUGGAUCUGUUGAGAGUUUCAUGCUGCCCCUUCCCAUAUGUCACACAUGCUCGUGGGAGGAUGAUAACUUUGAUGUUCUGAAGGACAUACUUGGACUUGAUACAGACCUGGAUUCUCCUCCAGAGUGUUUCCUCCGAGCAGACAUGGAUGAGGAUGAUGACGACAAUGAGACAAGUGUGGACGAUGAGUUUGAGUUGGACUUGAACAAAGUGGAUCAGGAAUUUCAGAACCAUAGCAUCUCAGUGGCGUCUUCGUCCUCGAGGGACUCUAUGGUUUCCAACAACUCUCUAUCCUCUAGCUUGUCUGCGCCGUGCACUUCAUCCGGUGUGGAAAGUGACAUCGGUGAGGACGCAGCUCAUGAAGACACAGAGCCAGGACAAGACAGCAAACCCAAGCCUAGAAAAAAACCCAAGAAAAAGUCCAAAUCCCUCUUGGGCUUAGAGCGCUUUUCUUUACUUUUUAAGAYGCCCCGCAGAGCCGAGAGCAUGGGUUAUCAUGGAGAUAGUGGCAGAGACUUCAUAAGAACUGGGGGGAAACUCAAGCAUCCAAGGCACCUCGUGAAGCAGGUUUGUCCAUCUUCCUUGGAUUCACUUUCCCUUGAGAAACAGGUGUGCUUCCGCAGGAGGCCCAUCCUGAGCGUCGAUGAAGGGAACACAGCAGAAACACUGACUGUGGUCAAAGUGGUUGCAUUUGGAGGUGACAGAGAAGUUGGCAGACUGGCGCGAGCAUACAGUGACCUGCAGCAGAAAGAGARUAAAUGUCCUCUACUCACCAGGACAUGCACACUGCAGUUUUACUUUGUUCCCACCAAAAAGAGAAAUGGAAGCACAGGAGCUGCACUCACAUCUGCUGAAGGACAGGAACCAAGCAGCUUUGUAGAGGAGGACAUGACAACAGAUAUAGCCCACAUGUUGGGUCGGAUGGAUCCAUGGUACGAGCGCAACGUCCUCAGUCUACUCAGCCUGUCCUCAGACGUCCUCUGUGAGGCUCCAUCCAAGGAUGAGGAGGUCACUGCGGGCUCUUGCAGCACGGAGCACCUUCCCCUGCUGGCCGACUUGGUGCUGUAUUACUGCAGACAGGCGGACAAGCCCGUCCUGGUGCAGCUCUACCAGGCCGAGCUGACUCUGGUGGGGGGAGAAAAGAGAAGGGAGGUGUUUAUUCAUACCUUGGAGCUGGGACACACGGCUGGAACCAGAGCUGUUAGGGCUAUGGGGGCUGCUGGCAAAAGGUUUGGGAUUGAUAAAGAAAGGGAGGCCGUGCCUUUGACACUGAGCGUUGCCUACAACAAGGUGGCAGUGAGUGGGAGGAGUCAGUGGAUUCAGACAGAGACAGUGUGCACCUCCAUUAAUCUUCACAAAACAUGCAGAAGAGCUGAGGACUUUGAUUCACAGGAGAGCCUGCAGCUGACACUGACAGAAGUUGUGAAACGGCAGUGCCCCAAGUCCAAAAAGGGUUACAACCAGCAAAUUGUGAUUUCAAAGAUGAAGGUGGAUAAGGUGCAGGUGAAAGCUCAGGAAGCGGGGGAGACUUUUGCCAUUUGUCUGGAUCAGGACCAAAAAACAUUCAUCCAAAGUGUCACAAGGUGUGAGGUGACUCUGUGCAGUAAACCAGGAAGUGGUUCAGACUGGAGGUCCUACAAACCUCUUCCGGGUCAAGUCCGGCCUCUGCACCCGACGUACCGCUCUCUGCUCUGCCUCCCCAUCACCUGCUUCUCCGCCUCUUAUUUGUGACACACAGGGUGGAAGCACUGACGGUGUGUGCAGAAAAAAAUUAUAAAUAUAUCAAUUCUCUUUGAGGCAUUGUGAUUAAAAUGUGUUUUAAUAAUGAUCAGAAUAAUAUUUGAUGCUUUGUUGUUGCUGGAGUCCCACCAUCUCACCAGGGCUUUAAGACAAUUAUGACACUUAUUUCUAAAUAAUGCUACAAAACUGACUACUUGAGAAUAUUUUACAUUUUUAAAUCCACUGUAUGAUCAAAUCUUUAUAUGUGAGUAAGCUAUUUAUUUGGAUGUGAUGAUGAUAAUGAAAUUGAGCCUUUCUUUUUAUAUGUGUGUCCAAAUUCACAAAUAAACCCAGAUGUCAGCUGUG